AACCCCGACCCGACGCCAGGGAGGCAGGGGUACAAAGCAAAGACCCCAUCACAAAUCACAAUUAUCCCCCUAGCUAAUCCCGUUAGCUGUUCCCAACGGCUGCCUGAUGUGUCUGACACCGCGGAAUCAUCCGGGAAGCUUCAUGCGGUGUAAUCAUACACACGGGAUGCCUCGUGGAGACUUCAACAUUUAUUUUGCCAGCAGCAGACGAGGAGAACACGUCAGAGCUGAGGAGGCAGUGGGCAUAGUUCUGCUGGUGGUCAUCAUCGCAGCUCUCCUCAUCCUGGGCUGCUGGUACUUCAAAAAGAGAAGUGGAUAUAAAAUAAUCAGAACCCCUCGAUCGGGGUCACCAGGAUUCACAGGAGGCCAGUUCUCAGAGGCAGGACCUUCUGCAGAUAACAAAAUGGCUCUAGCAAACUUCGGCAGCUUCCAACCUCCGAUUCCCAAUGCUCCUCCAGCCUAUGAAAAGAUUUCUUCAGUACCGCUGCCUCCCCCGUAUACCCCCUGAAGGACUUCAGCAGAAGACGAACAGAUGUCUGAAGACUGAAAAAUACUGGAGAA